CAGCCCGCGGGGGCAGCAGGCCGAGCAGCCCGUUUUACAGCCAUUGCAGAACCCACCUCCCUGCCCCCGCCGCCGGGAAGCCCUCCCAGCUUCUCCCUUCCCCGACCAGGGACUGACCGCCGUGCCAGAUUUGCCUCCUCCUGCAGCCAGCCUCCUAGCCCCCUUCCUGCUGCUCCGGAGGAGUCUGCGAUUCCAUCAAGUCCGCAUACACCCUGCUCUGUGCCCCUGCCCUCCCCUACCACCAUGCACCCCCGUUCUGGCUGUCAUCGCCGCUGGCCCUGCUGCUGGCUGCUCCUCCUUUCCUCUCUGGGAGGCCACGGGGCCCCAGACUACCCCAGCGCCAUCCCAGAGCAAGUCCACCUGUCUUAUCUAGGUGAGCCUGGCUCCAUGACUGUCACCUGGACAACCUGGGUCCCCGCCGGCUCUGAAGUGCAGUUUGGGCUGCAGGUGUCAGGGCCCCUGCCCUUCCGUGCCCAGGGCACGGCCAGCCCCUUUGUGGACGGGGGCAUCCUGCGGCGGAAGCUUUACAUACACCAGGUCACAUUACGGCGGCUGCGCCCAGGGGUCCAGUACGUCUACCGCUGCGGCAGCGCCCAGGGCUGGAGCCGCCGCUUCCGCUUCCGAGCCCUGCAGCACGGGCCCCACUGGAGCCCCCGGCUCGCAGUGUUCGGGGACCUGGGCGCCGACAACCCCAAGGCCCUGCCCCGCCUGCGCAGGGACACGCAGCAGGGCCUGUACGACGCCAUACUGCACGUGGGAGACUUUGCCUACAACCUGGAUGAGGACAAUGGCCGCGUCGGGGACAGAUUCAUGCGGCUCAUCGAACCGGUGGCCGCCAGCUUGCCGUACAUGACGUGCCCGGGCAACCACGAGCAGCGCUACAACUUCUCCAACUACAAGGCUCGUUUCAGCAUGCCCGGGGACACGGAAGGCCUGUGGUACAGCUGGGACCUGGGUCCUGCCCACAUCGUGUCCUUCUCCACCGAGGUGUAUUUCUUUCUCCACUACGGCCACCACUUGCUAGAGAGGCAGUUUCGCUGGCUGGAGAGGGACCUCCAGAAAGCCAACCGGCAGCGGGCAGCCCGGCCCUGGAUCAUCACCAUGGGCCACCGGCCCAUGUACUGCUCCAACGCUGAUGUGGACGACUGCACCCGGCACGAGAGCAGGGUCCGCAGAGGCCUGCACGGCAAGUAUGGGCUGGAAGACCUUUUCUACAAACAUGGAGUGGACCUGCAGCUGUGGGCUCAUGAGCACUCAUACGAGCGGCUGUGGCCAAUUUACAACUACCAGGUGUUGAACGGCAGCCGUGAGGCACCCUACACCAACCCCCGAGGCCCUGUCCACAUCACCACAGGAUCCGCAGGCUGUGAGGAGCGGCUGACGCCCUUCAUCAUCCUCCCCCGACCCUGGAGCGCUGUGCGCAUAAAGGAGUAUGGGUACACGCGGCUGCACAUCCUCAAUGGGACCCAUGUCCACAUUCAGCAGGUGUCCGACGACCAGGAUGGGAAGAUCGUGGACGAUGUGUGGAUAGUGAGGCCCCUGCGUGACCGGAAGCGGUACCUCUAGCGACAGGAGCCGCUCUCUCGAGGAGCCCUGUGUCCUGAUGCCUUGGCAGGUGUCCGCGCCACUGUCAUCGCCACUGAACACCGCCCAAGCU